CAGACUUCAUGUACAACAUUAUUGUACGUUGUUGUACAACUAUAAUAGUGUAUGAUAUUAUUGUACAAAGAAUCCUAACACAUUCCCACUUCCCCCACACAUAAUAACUUUUCCCCAAAAACUCCAAAACUCAAAAUUGUUGGAAUGUUGCCAUCAUAAAAAGAAUACAAUCUUAGAGAGAGAAAGAGCUAGAGAGAGAAUACUACUCUCUUUCUUCUUUCCUUAGCUAUUUCUAUUGUCCAUCCCCAUCCCCACACCAAACUUUCCUGACGAACGAACCCUCGCUCCUCUCCCUCUCCAAUUAUUCUACUGCCAUCACACACAAAGCCGCCUCCUUUUCUAGUCUCUAUCCAAUGUUCAUAAUCCCAUCUUCCAAUCCGCCGGAAGAAUCCGAGCAGCCGCCGUCCUCCGCCUUAAACGCCGCCACCACCAAAAAGAAACGCCGCCCGGCCGGCACCCCAGACCCCGAGGCGGAGGUGAUCUCUCUAUCCCCACACACACUCCUGGAAUCAGAGCGGUACGUCUGCGAGAUCUGCCUGCAAAGCUUCCGGCGAUCUCAGAACCUCCAGAUGCAUCUCCGGCGACACAGAGUGCCGUGGAAACUGGCGGCGAAGAGAACAGAGUCCAAAAAAAGAGUUUUUGUGUGCCCGGAGGCGAGCUGUCUGCACCACCACCCCCGCCACGCGCUCGGCGACCUCGUCGGAAUCAAGAAGCACUUCCGGCGAAAGCAUUCCGGCAAUCGGCAGUGGGGCUGCGCCCGCUGCUCCAAAGCUUAUGCUGUUCUCUCCGAUUAUAAGGCGCAUUUGAAGACUUGCGGGACCCGCGGCCAUUGCUGUGAUUGCGGCCGCGUCUUCUCCAGGGUUGAGGCUUUCAUCGAACACCAGGAUUCAUGCACCGCCCCCGCCACCCAAUCGCCGCCAUCGCCGCCGCCGCCGCCGCCGCCG